AUGGACCUGACUAUAGCAUCGGGCUUCAAACAGAAGCCUUUCCUGUCUGCUGAAGCACCCGAGGAGCCCGACGGGAGCUCCCAGACAGAGGGCCCCUUCUCCCCCGGCCCACAGCCCUCCGCAGACUCCACGUUCGCCACGGAACACGAGCAUGGUAGUGACCUGGACGGUGUGGAAUACUCCUCCAACUCUCCCCCUUCGUCCCCUCUGCCUGUGGACUUCAGCCAGCCGCCCCGGGACAUGUACGACCCCUUCUCCCCCACAGACGCAGACAAAGAGGUGCGAGCCGAGGAGAGAGCGGCAGACGAUGGAGAGGAGGCGGAGAAGUACGACCCCUUUGAGCCCACCGGCUCCCCCCCGUCCCCCUCCUCUGACCAGGACACCGGGCUGGAGGAGGUGAAGACAGAAGAGGACCAUGUAGACGAUCCACCGCAGACAAACCACGACAUCAAAACAGAGGAGCUGUCAGAUGACUGCCCGGACUCCACAGACGCCCAGACCGAGCCGCCUGGUACCCUCUCCCCCAGGGCCCGCACCCCUAGACCUCACUCUCCCAGGCCCCACUCUCCCAGGGCCCGCUCCCCCAGGGCCCGCUCCCCCAGGACCCACUCUCCUAGGGCCCGUUCUCCCAGGUCUCGUUCCCCCCGGGCCCGCUCCCCCAGGACCCACUCUCCCAGGUCUCGUUCCCCCCGGGCCCGCUCCCCCCGGUCCCUCUCCCCCGGCCUGCUGUGCCUGCGGAGGACGGUGGACUGCAGCAUCAAAGACCCCCACACAGACUCGGAUCACUCAGAGAUCGAGGAGGGGGAGAUCGUGGGGCUGGCCGAGCGCGGCGCUGCCCUCAAGAGGACGUCCCUGGAAAACCUCUCAGUCACCUCCCCCAACUCCACUUUCUUCAGCUCCAAUGUGAAGCCCGAGCGGAUCCUGCGAGUCCUGGACGCGGACGGCUUCGUGUCGGUGCGGGCCGACCCGGACUGGGCCCUCAGCCGGGAGCCGGAAGACGAGCCCGUGGUGGUGGGGGUGGAGGACCUGCGCAGGAAGCUCGUCAGCAGGCGCAAGGAGAGGUACAUCAGCUUCCCCGGCUCCUCCAUCACCCUGACCACCCAGAGCAGCCCGCUCAGCCCCCCCACCACACCGCCACUGCCCCCAAUGAAAGAAGAGGAGGCCAAGACCCUCGAGAAGCCACGGAAGUCCUCCAAGAGCUCCAACGAGCGCGACCGGCAAAAGGGCAAAGACGGCAAGAGUGCAACAAGCAAAGAGGAGAAGAGGAAGAAGAGGAGGAAGGAGAAGCGCGCUCAGCACAAGAGCAAAGACAAGCAGGACCCAGAGGCCAAAAGCAGCAAGGAGCCCAAGACCAAGGGCUCGAGACGUAGCCACAGCUCCAAGAGGAAGAAGAGACGCCACGGGACCAGCCCAGAGCCCGCUGCACCAGAGCGCCCCUCCAGACUGUCCCAGGAGCGCUCCAAGGACAAGCCGAGGGACGCGAGUCGACCGGGGGACCGGGACAGAGGCAGGGACAGCGACCGCAGCCGCGAUCGGACCCGGAACACCGAACGCAUCCGUGACCGCAACCAAGAACGCAACCAGGAACGCAACCAAGAACGCAACCAGGAACGCAACCAGGAGCGUAACCAGGAACGCAACCAAGAGCGCAGCCGGGACAGGCCCCGCGAACGGGAACGAGACCGGGAACGUGAACCCGACAGAGAGAGAUACUGGGACAGACAGCGGGACCGCGACAGAGAGCGCCACCGCAGCGACUCCAGAGGCGAGCGCAGGAGAGGCCGCGACUCCAGGAGCAGAGAGAGGAAGAGGAGCGCGGAGAAGAGCGAGGCCGACCGCCACAGAGCGCGGGACGGGGACAGGGAGCGCAGACGGGACGGCCGCCCUGUGGUCCCCCCGUCCAUACAGGACCUCAACGGCUCGGACCUGUUCGCCAUCAAGAGAACCAUCACGGUCACAACCACCACCACCACCACCACGGUCCCAGGAUCGCCCAGACUCUCCCCCACCUCCCCCAGCAGGUCGCCGCUGGACACAGACAAAUCUCACCGGAAGAGGAAGCGGAAAGGACACUCCAGCUCAGACGCCAGAGGCCGCUCGCGCUCCCUGUCGCCCACGCGCUACCACAACUACGAGUCGGACCGCUACUCCGACAAGCUGGACCUGGACACGCUCUCGCUGGACGGGGAGGCCCUGGACUCGGACUACCCCUCUUUAGAAGACACGCCUCCGCCCAACCCGCUGCCUCCGCCGCCGCCUUCGCCCAGUCCCAAAGCCAAGCCUGCGUCUAAGUCUACCUCCAAGACCGGUCAACCCAAGAGAAAGAAGAACUCUGAGUCCUCUCGAGCCAAAGGCAAAACUCUGUCGACGUCGGAGUGUGCGGCCGCCCCCUCUGGACUCCCCGCGGUCAAGCGAAUGCGCAAAGUGAAGGACAAGACCCGCGACAAAGGCAGCCGCAAGGAGCCCGGUCGGAAGUCCAAGAAGGAGGGCGGCACCAGCAGGAAAGGCAAGCUGCAGUCCAAAGUGUCCGUGCUGGUGCGGGAAGGCGUCAGCAGCACCACCGGCUCCGGAAAGCUCGGCAUGGACCUGCUUGGCACAGGAGGGCCCGGGGGAGGUCUUGGCGGCGGAGCGGGCAGUUCUGUGGGCGGCUCCAUUGCAGUACUCUUCUGUCGGGAUAACGAGAGCAGGUCUCCGUUCCUGAAGCCCUGCUCCGAGCCCCUGUCCCUGGGGGGCCGUGGGAAGGAGCUGGGCGGUGCAGGGGGCAAGCGCAGCAGCCUGGCCGCCCCCCCUCCUCCACCCUCCUCCACCGCCAGCCCCUCCCAGAAGAGCAAACAGCCAGGCUCCAUCACCUCCACCUCCUCCUCCGCCUCCUCGCCCUCCUCCUCCCUGGUGACAAAGCGCCGCCGCCGCCCGCUCAAGAAGACCCGCGAGAAGAGCGCCACCGCGGGGGACGCUCAGGGAGCCACAGAGCCCGCGGCCACGUCAGCGGAGGCGUGUAAGUCUUCAAGCAGCCCGCGCCCUGGUCCCGCUGCCGCUGCUGCUCCCUGCUCCUCCUCUUCCUCCACCUCCUCCUCCACCACCAGCGUGCUCCCCCCCUCCUCCUCACCUCCCCCCUCUCCCCCGCCCUCCUCCGCCCCAGCCCGACACGACUCCUCACCUGACUCCCAGACCGUGGACAGCAGCUGCAAGACCCCCGAGCCCUCCUUCCUGACCGAGGAGUGUCCGUCCCAGACCAGCCCGGCCAGCCCUGCCCCCAUGCCUGCCCCCAGCCCCUGUGCCAUGUCCCCGCUGACGGAGCCAUCCAAGCCCUGCAGCCCCCCCGCCGCCCUGGACCCGCCCUCCUCGUCUUCUGUGUCCUCCUCGUCUGCCAACAAGCCCCCGCCCCCACCGCCGCCGCCCGCCACAGCUGCCCUGCCCUGGAGCCUGCAGAGCGGAGUGGACUGCACCGCGGGGGGCGUUCUGGCCUUGACCGCCUUGCUUUUCAAAAUGGAGGAGGCCAACAUCGCCAGCCGGGCUAAAGCGCAAGAGUUCAUCCAAGCCACGAGUCAGAUCCUGUCCCAGGGCAGUCAGAACCAGCCCUCGGGCAUGUCCUCGGCCUCCUCACAGAUCCCUCCACCCCCGCCCUCGCUCCCCCCUCCUCCUCGCCUCAGUCCAGGACAGCUCUUCCUGCACAACUCCAAACACAUGCACUCGUGCGCCCAGACCCCGCCCUCCAUCAGCCUCUACGGCCUCAGCUCCGGGGACUCGGCCUGGGACAACGACAGCAAAGACCCCGACAAAUACCUGAAGAAGCUGCACACUCAGGAGAGGGCGGUGGAGGAGGUGAAGCUCGCCAUCAAACCAUACUAUCAACGCAAAGACAUCAACAAGGACGAGUACAAGGACAUCCUCCGCAAAGCUGUGCACAAGAUCUGCCACAGCCGCACCGGAGAGAUCAACCCCGUCAAAGUGAGCAACCUGGUGAAGCUCUACGUGCAGAGGUACAAGUACUUCAGAAAGCACGGGCGCAAGAUGGACGGGGACGACCGGGACGACGCCGUCUGA